AUGUCAGCGAAACGUGCUCGAUCAGCUGCUGGCACACAGUCUGCAGAGAAGAAGAAGCAAACUGAGGAGCAUAUCACAAAGACUGUUUCGGAAUUUUAUGAACGGGAAGAUCAGGAGGCAUUGUUAAUGACUAUGGCAUCAAUUGAAGAGUCUUUUUUGGAACAUUCACAAAUGCUUAGACAAAAACUUGUCAACUUCACUCAUAAUACAGUCAAGAUAGGCCAUCCGGCAGAAACAUCAAGUUUUGAAGAAUCGUUACUUUCGCUAUUCAUAUCUUUGCGACGAUUGAAUCGUUUGGCCCAAUACCGAAAUCGACAAAUUCGUGACCGAGUAAAUCGAGAGCGGGCUGUUGUUGAAGAACGAUUUCUUCAGCUGCAAAACGUUCGGAGUGAAGUUGAACACUUGCAGAAGGAGAUUGAUAGAUGUUAUGACUUCAGGUCAGCUGAUGAGGAUAUUGAAAUGAUUCCACUGGAAGAAUUCUACGCAAAUGCACCAGCAAGUAUCUCGCAGGAGGAAAUCACUCGUGAGGAUCAGCAUAGACAACAUCUAGCUCGAUUGAACUGGGAGAUGGAGGAGCGUAAGAAUUUGAUUGGAACUUUGCAAGAACGAGAAGGACGAAAAAAUGUACUCAUCACUGACAUUACAACGAAAGAACAUCGAUUAAAGUCAUUGAAACCACGUAUCGAAGCCGUGAUUGAGGCAGCAAGACCGGUACAGGAGCUGAUGGGACUGACAUGCAAUCCUAUUGAUGUUGAAAAAGAGCGCGUAUUAUCCCUAUUAUCUCAGGAGCUUUCUGUAAUUGCUAUACAGGUUGAAGCUUACUGUGAUAUUGUUAAAGAAACAGGAAUAAUACUAAAAUGUAAAGGUGAUUACGAAAGUGCUGUGAAGUUCUUGGAAAAUCGACAGCGUGCUUGCGAAAUCAUUGAAGAUGUCGAUGAUGAGGAUAGUCAGGAUGAUGUGAGCGGAAAACAGUCACCAUCGGCACGUCAUGACAAAAGAAGGCAUAUGACCAUGAAAGAAUUAAUUGCUGAACGAAAAGAUGCCAUUGUUGCUCCUCAUCCAAUUCAUAUUGAAAUGGAAAUCGCUUGUCAGGACGAUAUCUGUGUAACCCUUGUGCUACAGUUCAUUCCGGGUUUGCGUUCAGUUGGAGUAAUGGUAAAACUUAAUCGAAUACCCACAUCAGUUUAUGGAAAUGUAUUCUUUGAUGUAUCUCUUCUUUCCGAAUUAUUUGAUGGUGACGAUGGAAGUAAGUGUGUCAGUAGUGCGGGACAAGCGAAAUUGGAUCAAUUACAG